GCGGGAGGGGCCGGGCGGGGAGCAGAGAGGUAUAAAGUCCGAGCCUGCAGGAGCGCAGCCCUCCCCGGGAGACAGCAGCUCAGCGCCUGCCAGCCCCACUUGCAGAGGCGUGAGGAAGGAUGAACUGGGCCGGGUUGUACGCGGUGCUGAGCGGUGUGAACCGCCACUCGACGGCCAUUGGGCGCAUCUGGCUCUCGGUCAUCUUCAUCUUCCGCAUCAUGGUGCUGGUGGUGGCAGCCGAGAGCGUGUGGGGUGACGAGCGCUCGGCCUUCACUUGCAACACGCAGCAGCCGGGCUGUAACAGUGUCUGCUAUGACCACUUCUUCCCCAUCUCCCAUGUGCGCCUGUGGGCCCUGCAGCUCAUCCUGGUCACCACGCCAGCCCUGCUCGUGGCCAUGCAUGUGGCCUACCAGCAGCACCAGGAGAAGAAGCUGCUGCUGCUGACGGGCCAUGGUGACCCCAAGCAUCUGGAGGAGGUGAAGAAGCACAAGAUGCGCAUCUCAGGUGCGCUGUGGUGGACCUACGUCAGCAGCGUGGCCUUCCGGCUCUUCUUCGAGGCUGCCUUCAUGUACAUCUUCUAUAUGCUCUAUCCCGGCUACCAGAUGGUGCGGCUGGGCAAGUGUGAGGCCUACCCCUGCCCCAACACGGUCGACUGCUUCAUCUCCCGGCCCACUGAGAAGACCGUCUUCACCGUCUUCAUGCUGACCACAUCGGCCAUCUGCAUCGUGCUCAACCUGGCUGAGCUGGUCUAUCUGGUGGUGCGUGCCUGUGCCCGCCGCGCCCACCACAGCAGCAACCCCUCCUCAGCCAAGAGCUCCUUCUAUGGCCACAAGCUCUCGUCCGAGUACAAGCAGAACGAGAUUAACCAGCUGCUCACGGAGCAGGACGGCUCCCUCAAGGACAUGCUGCGACGCAACCCGGGCCUGCAGGAAAAGGGUGACCGUUGCUCUGCCUGCUAGAGGUGCUGCCGGCCCCCGGGACCAUGACGCCACCUGCACCCACAUUGCCACAGGCACCCAUGUGUGGCCGUGCCAGCCUGGGCCUGGGGCCAUGCCUCCACUGGGGCCAGCAGACAGGUCGGUGUAGGCGGCCGUGGCCCUGGAAGU